AUGGAGAUUUUUCUCGAUGCCAUUCGCCGAAACAGGAAUUCGACCUAUAUUGACCGUCGAUACAGUACUCGGGAGGUGCCCAUGAAGGUCAUCAUGCUUGGAUUCCCUCGUACAGGCACGGUUUCCUUGACGAGUGCACUCAAAUUCCUCGGAUUCCAGCACGCUUACCAUGGCCGAGAUGCUUUGACCAUCAAUCCUCGAGACUGCGAGCUAUGGUGGGAAGCAUUGCAGGCAAAAUACGAAGGGAAAGGAAAAGAAUUUGGUCGCAAGGAAUUCGAUCAGCUACUGGGUCAUUGCCAGGUUGUCUCUGAUGUUCCCGCAAUUUGCUUUGCCGAAGAGCUUAUCGCAGCAUACCCGGAUGCCAAAGUCAUUCUGACCGUAAGAGACGUGAACGAAUGGCAAGCGUCGGUGAGAAAAUCAAUGUUGCGACAAGUCGACGACCCAUUGGCGCUUCCGAUGCUUCUCUUAGAUCAUAUUCUCUUCAUGCCAUGGCGCUGGGUUCGGCCAGUAUUCCUCAAGUCCCGACGAGUGCUGUGGGGUAAUGAUUUCGAGAAGAAUGGGAAGAAAGCCUUUGAAGACCACUACAAGAAAAUUCAAGCCAUAGUGCCACCAGAGAAACUGCUCCUUUACCAUGUCAAAGAAGGAUGGGAACCUCUCUGCAAGUUUCUCGAUGUCCCAAUCCCUGAGAGGCCAAUGAUGAAAACAAAUAACUUCAGAGUUUUCAACCAAGCAUUUGUGGCAAAGAAGGUGUAUCAUUUUACACAGUACGCUUGGAGAAUUAUUGAAAUUUCUGCAUUUACGUCGCUAUUCAUAAUCCUCUGGCUAUUUUACCAAGGUGGACCAAUGCCUUGGCAUUGA